AUGAGAGAAGCGUCCAGAAUUGUGGCUUUGAGUGGCUAUCCAAACUAUCCGACCUUCAGACACGUCGUGGAAAACUUUACUACCCCUAGUAGCGCGCGAGCGUACUAUGGACAACGCUUGAGAUCUUGGUUCCAUGCGCCCGAGAGUGGAAAUUAUAAAUUUACAAUCAACUGCCCGUAUGCUUGCGAUUUUUAUUUUACUUACAAACAUGAAUUGACAAAGAAACUCUUCUAUAUCUCGACCGGGUAGGUAAAAAUUAUAUCAGGUUAUGGAUUAGAAAUUAUAUCAGGAUCGACUUUGCGAAUGCUAGACAAUAAAUUUCAGAAUUUGUAACCGUUGUUCAUUACAAACACUUGAAGCAAUUUUUCAAAUAGGACUAUUAAGAGUUGACUAAAAUUCAAGUCCGCCCAGUUUGAUCAAGUAGAAACAAAGCAGAGGAAUUGAUCAAAAUACGAAACUUGAAAUUUAGUCGUCACUAGUCCGAAUUGGGCAGGAUAUGAAAUGGUUUCUCGUGCGAACUUAAAUCACCAUAAAGUGAGGCGAAUUACUUUUGAUUGAGGCCAAUGUCUGAUAUAGCGACGUGUUUAGCCGGCUUCUUUUUUCACACGUUCCGCUAAACCAUCAAGUUAACAUUUCGGACCAGUGAUCUGGAUUUAUGUGUGGGAACUCCAUAUUUUGCUUGGGUAUGAUUUCCUGUUAUUCUACUUAUUCUCCCCAAAGUAUUGUUUAUGGAACUCACUAUAACUUAUACAAAGAAUAUUUUUAGACCAGUUGCCAAAACUACAGAAGAAUUAACCUUGGUUGCUGGUGAGCUAUACACUUUAGAUGUAGUGAUGGUCUUCAAAAAUCCUUCUCCUGAAUUCAGUCUUGGAUUUCAGCACAUAGGAAGUGGUCUUAUACAGAAUCCUAUUGGGAGGGAAUAUCUCAUGUGGAAACCUAAACGUAAGACUUAUAUACAUUUUGUAAUUUUCAUAUAAAUUUUCUAAUCCCAUCCUAAUCAUAACAAUAACAGUUCGGAGUCCUAACCAUACCCAAUCCAUGAUGCCCUGACAGAAGCAAACAUACACGCCAUUAUAUCCUACGAGAAGCUAUCUGUGCGAACUUUUUUAACUCGAUUGUGAAUAACCACGAUAACGAAUUAAAUAAGUUGCUACGCACGACCAACGAAGCAUCUUAGGAACUAAGACAGAACAGGCAUUUGCAAUUCCCAGUUAGAGUACCAACAGGUUUAGAAAUGCUUUUAUUAUGUCUUCCACCAUUGAAAAUGUUUGAUCUGAAUGACAUUUUACCAUUAGCCUAUAUAUAAUGUUAUCUGGCACUUUUAAUCCAGAUAUAUUUAUAUAUAACUUUGAAGAUAAUUAACUGUUAGGAUAACAGGGUGCAGAGGAGUCGAGUUCGUUUAGUAAAACAAAACAACCACCGUCUUACCCUGUUUAUUGUCAUAUAUUUCAUUGUAGAAAAUUCCACUGUGUGCAUUAUAAACAAAUGCAUAUUUUAUUAUAAUAUAUUGCUAGUCUGUUGAAAUUAUCGUGAAACCAUAACAAUAUUGUAUGAUUGUAUAUUUCGUACUUCGUGUAACAUGAACACCAAAUGAAUAUACUGUGAAGGUAUCGAUUAUUGUGGGCUCACAUUUCGCUAAAAUGGGACUGACUAUAGGAAACGAAGAAAGAGAGGAGACAGUCACUCAUUGGGGUGAUAUUUUAGGAUGGCUAUAACUUGCUUAAUAUUUCAUAAAUGAACAUAAUUUUAAAUGUAUACAAUCUACAAAUUGUCUGUUCUUACUACUUUAAGAAAUAAAUUUCAUUAUAAUAUAACUGGCAUACAGCAGACAAUUUGAUUGCCUAUUUAAUGCGCGUGAUUGUGACGCAAUAAUGCACUGUGUUCUGUAGUGCCUUGCUCUUUCUGUGUUUUUCUCCCGCUUCAUCCGAGGCUUCAUCUUUUAGCCGAAGAUAUAAACAAAACGAUAGACUUCUCAAAUAAGAACUAUAUAAUAAUAAGACUUCUCAAAUUUUUUUAUUGUUUUUGCUGCUUCGUUCGCUUGAAAGCGACGUCGACAGUAAAAGCAUGCGCGUGACGUCACAUUUGUAACUCAUUGCCAUACUAUAUCCAUUUACUCUGAAGAUGUCUUAAGUUAAAGACGAAACGUUACUCACUCAAUAGUACUCCUGAAAUAAAUUUUAUGUCUAUAUUCUUGUCUAUAUGGCUCUUUUGCGUACGUUAUGCUUGGCAUUAAUCUUUGUAUUACAAUUACGAUUCCCGCCUGGUUCAUCACUGUCUUGCAAGUAUAUUGAAAUAAUUAUAUUCAAUUACAAUUAACAAGGUAAGACGGUGAUUGUCUUGUUUUACUAAACAAACUCGACUCCUCUGCUGCCUGUAUCAAAAUUUGAACUCAGCAUGCUUUGAGAUACUUUUAUAUGAGUCCCAUUGAAAUUCUAUUAGUUUAUAUUCUUUUAAUAAAUUUUACCGUAUUUUAAUAUUGCUGUAAUAUAUUUUAUACUAAUUGUUUGUAGUUUUGUAAAUAUGGAAUUCAGCUGCGCAUAUAUUUUCAUUAAUAAAUCGUAGUCGUAGUCGCAAUCGUAAUCGCAAUAGUCAACGUAGUUAUUCUUAUUAGUAAUUAUUAAUACUAUUUCUUAUUAUUUAUUUUUAAUUAUUCUUAUUUUUAUUAAUUAUUAUUAUUCUGCAUUAUUAUAAUUCUUAUUGAUGAUAACUCUAAUUCUUGUUGCUCUUCUCCAGACGAACUCCUCAUUCCAGAAAGUCUUCUCAUUAACAAACUCAACCUCUCUCUCAACUUACAGUACAAGACAGUUCGGUCUCUCUACUUCUACUCUGAUCCAUUCCUUUUUCUACUUUUGUAAUAUAAUAUCUUGUAAAUAGUUGUAAUUUAUUCAUAUUUCUGUGUUUUCCGCUUUGUAUGUCAUUGCUCUGAAGAUGUCUUAAGUUAAAGACGAAACGUUAGCUUUCUAAUAAAUAUUUUAAACUAUGUUAUUGUUAUGGCUCUUUUACGUAUUUUAUGCUGGGCAUUAAUAUUUAUUUUAAGAUUACAAUUUCCGCUUGGUUGAUCUAUCGCAAGUAAUUCUUAUUCAAAUCCAGAUGUAAUGACAACAAAUAAUUUGUUGCAGCAUUACAAGGCGUGGCAAGAAGCGUGUGGAACACCCGCUUCUAUUCUAUGUCAUCUCGAUAUGAUGUGCGAUGGUUUAUAGAAAGAUUUCCCCUACCAGACCACCAAGACGUGUUAACAAAGUUUGAAGUUCCUGAAUAUGGUCGUUACUAUGCGCAAAGACUUGAGGCGUAUUUACUUGCUCCAACGAGUGGGUCCUACAACUUCUAUAUGGCGUGUUCUGAAGGAUGUUAUUUCUAUCAAGGCGAUGUUUACAGGUUCAGCUCGUCUGGGGUGAGCGCUACAUCAAAGUAUACCGGGUAAGAAAUAUAAAGACUCAAAUUAAAAACUGAAUAUAACGACCUUACAAGUCCUUCAGUGUCUGUGAAUAUUUGACCCUACUAGAGGAAACAGUUAGAGCUAUCAAACAUCAAUUGAGUUAGUUUAGAUUAGGUUUUUUCUGAUGAUAAUAAUGGAUCAAUACGACUGAUAUCUAUGGACAUGACCCUUACAGAAGCUCUAGGGCUAACAGUUUAGAACUGAUUAAACUAUGAGGAAUAAAUAAAAUUAAUUUAGUUUAGUACGUACCAUUAACUGUAACACUUGUAGCUGAAAUUACCUUUAGAAGCGUUUACGUCAUGCAAUCUUCAAUCCAACAAAAUAUUAGGUCGACGUAUUGCAAUGUGGGAUACAUUUAUUCCUCAUAGUUCAAUCAGUUCUAAACUGUUAGCCCUAGAGCUUCUGUAAGGGUCAUGUCGUAUUGAUCCAUUAUUAUCAUCAAAAAACCUAAUCUAAACUAACUCAAUUGAUGUUUGAUAGCUCUAACUGUUUCCUCUAGUCCAAUAAGGGUCAUCUCUUAUUAGUAUACAUUCAACCAUGGACCAUUAAAAAUCCAGCAUUCUGAUUGGCUAAUCAACCAUGGACCCUUACAUAAGGGUGCGUGGUUGAGAAAAAAGAUGGCAUGAAAUGUUUGUUUUGGAAACGUUUUGAGAGAAUUUUGUCAAAACUCCUUUCUCCGAAGAAGAAAAAAGAUUUUGGAAAAAAGCGUUUUUAUUUUGAGUAGGAGUGCGUAUAAUAAAAAAAUUGCACAACUUGGUCUCGUUGUCAAUGGCGACGCUUUCGUUUACUAUUCGCUCAUAGACAAUUUGACUUCGUUGUCUAAUUGUUAAUUGAUGCAUGAUUAUCACAGAAGGAAACCUAACCUAAACUAACUUUUGCUCAAUGCGGAGAGCCUUAUGUAUAAUUUCUAACUAACUGUUCUUUCUAUAGUAAUCCUAUCUAAGUUUAGUGUUACUACAGGAAAAAUAGUUUAUAUUUUCAGGCUAUACCGAAGACGUAUCCUACAAAAUUUAUAAAGAUUUCUUUUUCAUAAAGGGGAACGUCUUACAGUCUAUCCAUGGAAGGCGGUUUAUUUUACCAUCUUAAAGUGUUGCAUUAUGUUACUACAACAACAAAUUACAUCACGUUUGGAGUGACGUUACCAGAUGGCACUCAACUGCGUCCAAUACCCGGAAAAUAUUUGUGGAUCGAAUUGCCAGGUAAGACGAUCCAUUUUUUGCUUCGUAUUAACAACAUCAAUGUUAAGUGAAUCCUAAGGCAAAUCCUAACCAUAAUGUAUAAAUUCGAGCAGAGUUUGUACAAUUCUUAAAUUCAAGGCAUUGAAUGUCCUGGAAUUGAUAAAGAAUUGCUUUGACAGUUUAUUGAAUUGAUUUUGUUCAUUUAGUCGAAUGGUCUGUGGUAGUAUAGGUAAUGUCAAUAAUAACAAAAUGUCGGUUGGUAGUGAUGAAAACAACAGAGAUCAUAAAUAACACUAGAGGAGGCAUCGAGGUUAAAAUUUGAGAACGCGGUUAAUGGGGGGAAACUUUAGGUUCCGGAUAUAAAAUCAUGCUCUCAUUGGCUAAAUUGAAACUCCUCACCAAUGGGAACACGAGUAGACAUCCAGGACUUGAAUUUGCCCCACAGUAGCCGCACUUUGCGAUGGCUCCUCUAAUAAUCUAGAUCUCUAUGGAUGCAACCACCUGGAAAUUACAAUGCGAAAUUAGACGUUUGAAACAGUGCCCUUCUGCUGGAAGUCAGUAGCCAAAACUAUUAUAACUUUCUAACGAAGGCCUUCGGUCGAAACAUACAUCACUACCAACCGAAGUUUUAUUAAAAUUGUUCAUGUCUGUCAAAGGUAUUUGUGCAGUUCAGCGCUCAGGCGGCGCAAACUUGCAAAGGUCAGCAUAAUAAUAUUAUAGUAACAAUAUGUCAUAAAAUAUAUAUUAUAAAUCAAAUUUAGUUGCCUACCAUAUAAAUCAUAGUUGUAAUCAUAUAAAUCAAAUUUAGUUGCCUAUUUGAUAGUGUGCAAAUGUUCUCCUUUUAUUCCUCUUGGUUGAAUUAAUAUUUUCCGCCGAAAACUUUGGAUACUUCCUCGGGUAGAAGAAUUUGCAUCACAGAUUACGUCAUCAGUUAGUUAUAGUGAUUAGUGUUGAGGUUAAGCCUGGUUCACAUAUGCCUGCGGCAUGCCUGUGACUGUAUCAUUAUGCCUCAACUUGCCGCCGAAAUACCGGGAAAGUUGAACUCAAGUCAACUUUCCCGGCCUACCGCCGAUGUAAUUGUUGCACUGGAGGCAAUCGGCGAACAAAUAUUCACAUAAUUUACGUUUUAAGCUACCACCGGCAUCGUCGCCGGUACGUCGCAGGCACGUUGCAGGCAUAUAUGUGAACCAGGCUUUAAGGUUAGGGUAAGGGUAAGGGUUAGAUUAAGGAUUAGGCUUAGAGAUAGGGAUUGGGUAAUAUCUGACGCCGCAAACAACACAACUAGCCGAUCAUGUGCAUGAUCAGUUUUCCUCUACCCGAGGAACUAGCCAAAACUUUGCACUCGAUGGUUGCGGCCGCUACUGCUAUAUCUAAUACGUGAAAAGGCUAACGACUUGCUAUCGUCGAUCUGUCGGCACAAGCAGUUUGAAUCGCAAAUUCUUGAUAUAUAAGUUUUGGGCCAUAUUUUAACAAUGGAAAUCAAAAUCCAUUUUAUAUUAAACUUACAGAGGCUGACAAUUACUACCGCGAACGCCUGGGCAACCAGGCCUCCUUUAUUUUUGGGAUUUACGGGAGAGGAGGAGGAGGCCGCCUGCUCCAGGCAUGCAAAUGCUAAAAAGCGAGAAGGACAAUGGGGAACAACAAAUUGUCGGACUGUAUAUAGCACGUAUGUUAUAAUAAGAAUAUGUUACCUCCACUCUUUGUGCUUUAGUGUGUAACUUUAUUAUUAUUCAAAACUCACAUUUUAACGGUAUAAACGUCGAAUCUUAUUAACUCUCUGUCUUUUCUACACAAUACAAUUCUCCUAAUCUCAAUACCGCAUGCUCUGUCACGCCAUGUGACGUACUUCUGGUCUAUUGCUAAUUACGUAAUGUUAAAUUCCGUGGGGUACAAAUGCAUUUAAAACAAUUUAUGAUGUCUAUAUAUCAUAUUUCAAAUUAGCCUUUAACAUAACGAUCAUAUUUCGAAAUAAUGUAACGCCAUGUAAAUUCCAACGAUAAAGGAGGCCUGGUUGCCCAGGCAUUUGCGGUAGUCAUCGCCGGCCUUUGUAAGUUCAAUAUAAAAUGCAUUUCGAUUUCUAUCGCAACAAUACGGUCCAUCCUAAGCGUAAUAUGAUAAUUCAGAACUUUGGAUUAAAUUGGCAUUAAAGUGGACUUCACAUUUCUAGUAAUAAUAAUAAUAAUAAUAAUAAUAUAACGAAUAUUUAUACAGGAUAGACACUUCAACAAAAAAAACUUCUGUUAUCAAUGUGUGUCCUGUGUUUACGCAUGCACUAAAUAUAGAUACAAAAAAAAUAAAGGUAAGAUAAUAUAAAUCUAGAGUUAGAGUGUCCAUGUUCACGGAUUUCUGAAAUGUUCGUUCAGCUGUUUCUCGAAGUCAUUUGUACUCUCAGCUUUACGAAUCUCAAGUGGGAGCUCGUUAUACAGUUUUGCACCCAUGUAGUAAAAUGAUCUUCGCGCGUAUUAGUUCUCUAAUAAUAUAUGUUGAGAUUUUUUGGGGUUUUUUAAGUAUUUUUUUUCGAGUGUUAUUUUUUUGUAGUUAUUUCUCUAAUGCAAUGGCGAACACUUUUCGAAAUAUUGACGGAUGGGAGUGGGAGGGUCGAACUGUUUUUAGUGUUUCAAAAAUGUUGGGGGGAGGGAUAGAAACUUUCUCUCUCCCUGUCCCCCCUCCACAGUGUCGGUCACUGUUUUAAUUUCCGAAAAUACAUAAUAAAAUAAAGGUAACUUAUCUUUAGAAUAAAUAUUGUAAUUCCUUUUAUGUAGAAAAAGUACAGUAUGAAGAUGGGGCAGCCAAACAAGCCCGCCCAGUCAAUUCACAUUUUGCCAUUAAUGCAGUAGAUAAUAAUCCGUCGACUUGCUCACUUUCUAAACAAUCAAAAGACCCAUGGUUACGCCUGUAUACUGAAUAUAUUGUGAACGUGCAUGCAGUUGCCAUUACCAACCGGGUCGAACAUUCGUCCAGUCUGGAUAAUUUCAAAAUUAAAGUUGGUGAUAACAACCCUGCGAAGAAGGAUGAUAAUCUAACAUGUUAUGGUCCAGUAUCGCAUAUCCCUGCCGGGAAAACUGUCGCAUUCCCUUGUAAAAGACCCUUGACUGGUAAAUAUGUCGUGGUGUAUAUAUAUGGCAAUAGUAGAACCCUGUCAAUAUGCGAGCUUGUUAUCUACGGAGAGCGAGUAGUCG